GGUGUUAGCCGCCGUUAUUAAUGCUUGUAGGCGCAGGUCUCUAGGUUGCAUUCAUAUUUUAUAUCUUGCAAAUAUUUUUUUUGUAGAAAUUUUAUAAAAAUAUAUAAUAUUAACUACAAAAAAAUAAAUAAAUUUUUUAUUUAACUAUGAUGGAUGCCGAGUUAUGUGUAAAUGAUGUUGACAUCGAAGAUGGAGAGCUUUCGGAUACCUCAGAAGAAGUGUAUACCCCACUCCAAAGGCCAACAUCACUGACCCAUAAUGUAACCGCCACCAUUACCUCACCAACACCAGUGGCAGCCUUAAGCGCAGAAACAAAAUUCAUUAAAAUGGAUGCCGAUGAAGAUAAAACCACUAAGGAAAUUAAUCAACUGGAUGUUGAUGAAGAUGAAGAGUAUUCUUCAACAUCGUCGGGGGAUUCCUCGGACACUUGUUUAGAGAAAUUAAAUAAAGAUAAGAAGCGUAAACAUAGAAAACGUCACAUUAAACGCACCGUCAUGGUUCGUAUCCAUCCUACUACAGAUGAUGGUGCUGAACAGAAGAAGGCUCGAUUCAAAAAGUAUGAUAUAUGGACUGCUGCUUUGCAGGAAGAGGCUCUCACAGAAACUAUGCGUGGCUGUGAUGUCACCCAGAAUGGUUUUAAUGAUCGCAAUGUAGAGAAUUACGAUUUUUCUUUGCGUUAUCGUUUAAAUGGUGAAAAUAGCCUUAAAAGACGUCUUUCUAAUUCCAAUGAUGAUCUUUCCGACAGCGACCAACAUCAACCACAUACUAAACGCCAGAGGCCAUCUAGUCGUGGUGAUGUCAAGUCAUGUUCAUCGUCUUCAACAUCAUCCUCUCGGCGUUCUGUACACGAACGUUUAGGCAAACGCAGAGUUAGUAGAGGACGUCGUCGUUCAUCUCCCUAUAGCGGUGGAUCCGAUUCAAAUUCCUAUGAUCCGAAACAUAUAGAAGAUUUGUGUGAUAUAGAAGGUCGUGAACCUGUUGAGGUGGCUAGGGAAAUGGCUAUGAAACUACACGAAGAAAAAGAUGAUCUAUUGGUACGUGUUGUGGAAGUUUUGGGUACAGAAUUGCCUUUAAAAAUCUACAAGGAAACCCAGCGUAUUGAGGCAGAAGGUGGUAUGACAAUAAAGAAUGGUCAACGACGCCGUACACCUGGAGGUGUAUUUCUGUUUCUUUUAAAACAUAACGAUGCUCUAACAGCCGAAGAUCAAAAAGCAAUAUUCUCUGAAGAUCGCAUUAAUGCCAAUAAAAAACACAAAGAUAUGAAAGCCAUAAUGCGUGAACGUAAAGUAAAAGAACUUAAAAAACGUUUAUGUGAACAGGGCGCCGAGUUGCCCCAUCUAAAUACACGCAAAGAUCAAAUGUUAUUCGGAGAAGAGAUUAAUCAAAAACAAAAUGAUGGAAAUUUAUCAAAUCCUCCGCCCUCACCAGAAGCUUAUGAACAUAUUGAACUUGAUUUCAAAUCGAUACCAAUAAAUCAUGUUACCAAUGAUGAUAAUGAUUUAGAAGAACAUCCCUCUACAUCGCAGGGUGUUAAGGCAAAAACAUUUCAAACAUAUGAAGAUGAUUUUCUAGAUGUUAACUGUGGAGAUAUGGACUUUUUUUAAAUAGAAUUUUAGCCAAGUUUUUCUUUUUUGUUUUUAGUCUGUAAUUACACUUGUAGUGUAGUAGAACAUAUUUGAAAUAAAUCGUAAUUAUAAUAUUAUAA